GGUCCUGGGCCAUGUGGGCCCAGUAUUCUUAGUUUUCAUGUAUUUCUGUAUUUUGUUCUUUAUUUAGGCCAUGCUUCCUGGGUUGAUCUGUUACGUUGUUCCUUAUGUUUUCCCUUCGUGACCCUCACCCCCUGUGUGCCCCUCUGUGUAUUUAUGAGCCCUCGUCUCUCUUAGUGUUUUAUUCUAUGUUUUCCCCAGCCCGUUAUGUCUGCGUUCUCCCCGUGCUCUCUCCCCUCCUGUUUGAACCUCUGUGUACUUCCUGUUUUACUUUGCCCAUCUCCCAUCAGUGUUACGUUCACUCCUGCCGUGUCUUGUUAUGAUUAUCAGUGUCACCUGUGUUCCCCGUGUGCAUCCACUUCCCCUGAUCAUCCCUCAUGUGUAUUUAGUCUCUGUGUUUCAUACAGUCUGUGUCGCGUCGUCUGUGUUCUCACCUCCAUGUUUUCACGCCAUAAUAAAGGCUCGCUUUUGUUUUACUCCACUCCUGCAUCCUCGCUUGUGUUCGCACCUGGGUCCACCAUACACAUUCCCGCACGGUCUGCCUCCGCAGACCGCGACAGUACGACGCGACCAUGCCGGACCCAGCGACACACGAGAGGGAGAUCAUCCAGACGGUGGAGGCGCUUUGUACUAACUGGCUGCAGUGUUCCGGAGUGGAGGAACGGGAGGAGUUGGCCCGCCAAGUGGGAGUAUGCGUGUCUGUAUUUCCCUGGUUAUGGGAGGCACUACACCCACUGAUCGUUGACUUUCUCGUCACCACUCUCCAACUCCGUCCGCAGCCGCAGCGGCCCGGUGUGCGUGCGCCUUCGCCAGAGCCAUGCUGUUGCGAUGUUACCCCGCGGCCUCAAGAGCCGGUAGCGGUCAGAGUCGGAACAGUGAGGCUCACCACCGACACACCAUUGGCUCACACUUCAUCAGCUUCCGCAUCUUCGCCACCGCCUGCCUGCACGGAGAUGCCCGAGGCUGUUGACUUCGGUGAGGAGGAGCGACAGCAGGUGUUGCGGGCGUAUCGGGAGGACGAGCUACGCUGGAAGCCCUGGCUUAUCACCAAGGAGGAGCUUCCGCCAGCCGCCCCGCCUCGGACCGGCCGCCCAUCCUCGCCGCCUCGAUCGGACUACUCUUCUCCCGCUUCUUAUCUGGCGCGGAUGUGGUCGGAAGACGAGGAGCCGGUCGCCACAGAAAUCCAAGUUACGUCCGCGUCCACUUCAAGACGGAAGCGGCGUUCUCGUCGCCGUCGCUCAUCGCUACGGCAUGUCUCGCCCUCCACUGAGCGACACGAGGAGGCUGUGGAGGUGAUGACUUUCGACCUCGAGGAGCGACAGCGCGCCGCAUGCGCGCAACUGGAGGAGGAGCUACGGGGGAAGCCAGGGCUCGCUCCUCACUACGGUGAGAUUUUCCGCGGGACACGCCUGGCCUUUGGGGGCCCCCGGAGUUGCCAGGAGCUCCCGCCUGAUGCUCCGCCAACCCUCGCCUCCUCAGCCUCUGCAGCGCCGCAAGAGGCUCCACUUUCCACGUUAACGGGGCUCUCGGCCAAGAGGAGACGGCGCUCGCGUCGCCACCGCAUCGCGCAACGACCGGAGGUGAGUGAGUGCAACCUGUCAUCACCAGCUUCCAUCGAAGCCGUAGAAGAUGAAUUAGACUCAGAAUCACAGAGCCACGGGUCAAAGUUAACAGAGACACAUAGUGUGGAAAUGGCUGACUCUGGUACUGUGAAUGGUGUGGUCUGUUCGUCUGGCUUCCACGAACAGGGAGUAAGACCCACUCAGACUGUGAAUUCCAACACUGGGGAGUUUCAGCCGGUGUUCUUGUCACCGCCACCCGAACAGGUGUUUGACUGUCCAGCCUCUAAGCUGACCGGGGAAUCCCCUGUUUCGUGUGUUUCUGUUUGUGAAAAUAAAGCACUGUUUCGGAAUUAGCCAGUGCUAACUUCAGACUGAGUAAUGCUCUGCUAACCAAGCCACAGCCAAGUGAAUCUGUUUCAGAGAGGAUCUUGGACAGGCCUAGUGAUCUUGUAGGGACCUCUGACACUACACUUGGAUCGACAGAGAGUUCCACAGGCCGUGAUGUUGCUCGUGUGGGGAGUGGGGUGGAAGUGUU